AUGCGUACCCCACAGGUAGUCAUUGAAACGAGGCGACCUCCGUCGCAAAAACCACCAACCCCAGUGCCAUCACGAACACCUGCUCCCCUGCCUCGAGAAUCGUCUAUAGACUUGCAACCAGUGCUCCUAGGCUUAGCUGACCAGUAUAUCAGCAAAGCUCACGGAAUGUCUUCCUAUUUGGCGCGUGCUCCCCAGGAAGCGGAUGUCGAUCAAUACUACAGUCUCAUAUCCGCUGGUCUCGGCUGCAUGGAGUCAGUACUGAACAACUGGAAGUUCUCGGAUCCAAAGGCUGAGGCGCGGCUGCAGCUACGCUACGCCAAUCUUCUUCUUGAAGAGACUGAAAACGACGGAGAAUUACAAGAUUUGCUUACCAAAGGCAUCGCAUUGUGCGAACGAAACCGUCUUGUUGAUUUGAAGUACAGCAUGAAGCAUGUUCAAGCUCGGUCCCUAUUCCGCACGCAUCCUCGGUCUGCUUUCAAGAUGGUCGACCAAAUGAUUGACUUUACCGAGACAUAUGCACAUUAUUCCUGGGUGUACGUUUUUCGGUUUCUGCGUGUAUCAUUCUCCCUCCAGCUGUCGCGUCCGGAUUUGUCAGCAGCUUUGCAGCAUCUCCGUCGGAUCUCUCAACAGGCGGAGAAGCAGAGACAAUAUCCCAUACUCACUACGUGCUCAGCCCUUGAAGCGCUAGUUCACCUGAGAAGUGGCCAAGCCGACUCAGCGGAUAAUUUCCAGAGAUCACUAGCUGCAGCACGUACUCACCAAUUGAAUCGUGAAGUUACUGAUAUCUCUCAAGUUGCGACCUUGUUGGACUGCCUGGAUCUGUGUAGUGAUCUGAUCAGCGGCAAGCCGGAACAGCUAUUUGACAAGAUGAAUGUCAUGCAAAAAGCGCUAGACGGUGGCAAGAGAAACACCUCUCCAGAUGGGAGUUUUUGUGUACCGACUGCAGAUUCGGCACCUGACGAUGUGUCUCUCGAUACAUGUGGUAUCAUGGAGAGGACGGCAGAUGGAAAACGUGCCAUCGUUUUCCAGUGGUUGCGCAGGAGUGAAUUGUUUGCUCUAGGAUACAUCUUCAGCAGCCUGGCCAGCUCUAGUAGGAACGCUGUUGAUCACAAGUCUGAGAGGUAUCUGAUCGAGGGCGACAAACUCACACAAACCGAUUACAAUCCCGAGAACGAGCGCAAGGUCCAGUCACUUCAAUGUUCGUCGGCUCACCUGGAUCGACGCAUGUUCUAUCAUAGAUUGUGCUUGCAGUUGCUCGCUUCGCUCAAAUGCGAGCGUGCUGACUGGCAAGGAGCUCAGGAAGUUCUAUCACAGCUGAACGAGGUGGUGAAGGCCGAAGGUGUUGACGAACAAGACUUUGUCCAAGCGUCAGCGAUAUAUCUGACAGGCAUGGUUAAGCAGGCAACAGGAGAUUUGGAAGGCGCACUGGAAUGCUACAAAAGCCCAGCUUUGACAAUACAAGCUGGGCAGAAAACAGCGACCAACCAAGACCUUCGCAUCCUCGCCACACUCAACAUGAUCUUGAUUCUAAGACCUCGUCUGGAGUUUCAAGACCACGUCAAGCAUCUCAUGGACCUUGCAGAACCACUUUGCGAAGCCCACCCGAACAGCGAUUACAAAUCUGCAAUGUACAUGGUCAGAGCAUCGUCGACGGACAACUUGCCAGUCCUCAAGAUGAAACACUACCUGUCGCUAUCAGCCAACCUUGCCAAGAAGCAGGGGAAUGUUCUUUUGCUCUGUGUGGCAAUCAAUCUAAUGACAUCGAACUUUUUCGUGAACAUCAUGGGAGAUAAGGCGGAGUUGUCAGCGGGUUCAGGAAAAAGGCUUGCGGACAGAGUACAGGUGCCAAUGUGGCAGGCUGUUGCUAGCGAGCUACUGGGCAACACACUUGACUUCAGCGGCAAGCAUGCAGAGGGAAAUGAAGCCAAAGUUGAAGCAAAGAGAUGGAUGCAGAUGGUGCCUGAAAGUAUACAAGAGAAGUUUGAGGUGAGAAGCUAA